AGUCACCAAAUGCGUGUCGUGCUGUUGCAGGAUCGACGCGCGAGAGAAGCCAGUGACGAAGGCGCAGCACUCGUCGGACACCGGCGUGUUCGGGCCGCGCGCAUUCUUCCGCACGGCUUUCCCGAGCCCGGCGGUGCUGGUGAUCGAAGACAUCAAGCGGCACGACGCGGCCACGUACAGAUGCAGGGUGGACUUCCGGCAGGGUCAGACGCGCAGCUUCCGCUACAACCUGACCGUGAUCGUUCCGCCGGAGCAGCCAACCAUCCUGGAUCGAUGGGGCCGGAUCUUGAACGGCACAGCUGGCCCUUACGAGGAAGGCGAUACACCAUAUCUCACGUGUCGCGUCACGGGCGGCAAGCCGCAGCCCAUGGUCAGUUGGCUCAAAAACGGCCGAGUGAAAGACGAAGAGUACGAAAAUAACGCCGGGGAUGUAAUCGAGAAUAGAUUAACGCUGCAGCCCAUCGCUCGGUCCGAUCUCGGCUCGAAUUUUACCUGUCAAGCGCGCAACACGGACUUGGUGGAUGCGAAGGAAACGUCGAUUUCCCUGGACCUCAAUCUGAAACCCCUGACUGUGACCAUAAGGAGGCCGGGCAGGAAAGGGAUCGGCAACGAGUCGCUGUUGGCGGGCAAGCGAUACAACAUGGAGUGCGAGACUACUGGUUCAAGGCCACCCGCGGUGAUAACCUGGUACAAAGGCCGCAGAAGACAGCUGAAGCACACGACGGAGGAAAGAUCGGAAAAUCGAACCGUCAGCACGGUGGAGUUCGAGCCGGGCGUGGAGGAUCAUGGGAAAUCUAUCACCUGCCGAGCGGAGAAUCCAAACGUGACCGGACUCUUCGUCGAGAAGUCUUGGAAGAUCGACGUCGUGUAUCCGCCGAUAGUAUCGUUAAACCUCGGAUCGACCUUAAGCCCGGAGGACAUCAAGGAAGGGGAUGACGUGUACUUUGAGUGUCAUAUUAGGGCCAAUCCACCCUGGUCUAAGCUCAUCUGGAUACACGACAACCAGAUCCUGGCGCACAACACGUCGGCGAGGAUCAUCUGGUCGAAUCAGAGCCUCGUCCUGCAAAGCGUGACAAGAAGCAGCGCCGGUCGUUACGUCUGCGCGGCGACGAACGCGCUCAACGAGACGCGCAGCGAGCCGCUGCAUUUUCGAGUCAAAUUCGCGCCGGUGUGCAAGGACGACCGAAUCGUGGUGGUCGGCGCAUCGAGGGGCGAAUCGCUCGACAUCGCCUGUAGGGUCGAGGCCGAUCCGCCGGCACACAAUUUCCGCUGGAAAUUCAACAACAGCGGCGAGACUCUGGAGGUAGCACCUGGUAGAUUCUCCAUGGAGAAGUCGAGCGGCGUCAGCGUGCUGAGAUACACGCCAACCACCGAGCUGGAUUACGGUACCCUCUCGUGCUGGGCGGACAAUCUCGUCGGUACUCAGUCGAGACCGUGUCUCUUCCAGCUGGUAGCAGCCGGCAAACCGUUUCCAGUGCGCAAUUGCACCCUGGCGAACCAGACGUACACCAGCGUAGAGGUCAAAUGCGUGCCGGGAUACGACGGCGGACUACCGCAGAAAUUCGUACUGGAGGUUUAUCAUGGCGACAUCGACUUCCUCGCCAGCAGCCAGCCCCUCUACAACGUCUCCAACCCGGACGAGCCGAGCUUCGCCCUCGCCGGGCUCGAGGCAUCGGUCGAGGCUGGCGUCCACGUGGCGGUCUACGCGGUCAACGCUAAGGGUCGCAGCCAGUCCGUCGUUCUCAGCGAGGUCACUUAUCGCGACGCCGAGAAGCAUACCGGUCAAGACGCCAGCAUCGUGUUGUCACCCCUGAUAGGCGUGGUGGUCGGCGCUCUCGUGACCUUGGUCCUCAUCAUCCUGGUCGUGGUAGUGCGAGUGCGGCGGGAGCGCGUGGCGAAACCGCGGCACGAGAAGCCAGCGGAACUCAGCGAACUGCCGCCGCAACAAUACCCCUUGCAGAACCCGCAGCAGACCGUGGAGACUGAUCCCGACGUGAUCCCGAACAAGUUCGAGGGUAACCUCGUGGAGGUCAGCCCGCCGAGUUACCCGGGCGGUUAUCCCCCGGAGCACUGGGUCACGCCCGGGCCUACGCCGAGCAUAGACGAGCUCUGCCACAAGUUCGCGGGCAGGCCGACGGAGCUGAGGUUACCAUCGAGAAGCACGAUACCGAGUCUGCCAGGAAUGCCGGUGACGGGGGUGAUGGUGGGCGCCGGGCAGGGCGUCGUCAUCGGGGGCACUCAAGGUGUCGUCGUGGGCGGCGGACAAGGCGUCGUCGUGGCGGGCGAGUGCCUCGACGGCGAGGCGAUCAAGCGAAGACUGAUGGCGAACAGGCUACCGGAGAGCUGCGUCUAGAGAAGAUGGACUCGUGCCGUCAACAGUCGCGUGCCUCUUAGACCUUACGGUGCGGCCGCGGCAGCGGCAGCGGCAGCGGCGGACUGGCGUCGCGUGCGACUGUCGCGUGGAGCUCACGAGGCUCACGACGCCGACGGUCAGACCUCGGCGAGGGACAGAUUCGAGAGAGUCGUCGCGUGUCCGUUCCCGUGAGACGGCCGACGUCUCGACGUCUGUCGGCUUCUCGAGUCGCCGA